AUGGACAGCCAGCUUCUGCUUGUGCUGCUGCUGCUGCUGCUUGGGGUCUCAGGCCCACGGGGACAAGAGCCAGGGCCCGGGGGUCCCUCGGAGGAGCCCCCAGAGGAGGAGAUCCCUGAGGAGGAUGGGAUCUUGGUGCUGAACCAGCACACCCUGGGCCUGGCCCUGCGGGAGCACCCUGCCCUGCUGGUGGAGUUCUAUGCCCCAUGGUGUGGGCACUGCAAGGCGCUGGCCCCAGAGUACAGCAAGGCGGCUGCCCUGCUGGCAGCAGAGUCAGCCCAAACCAGGCUGGCCAAGGUGGACGGGCCCGCGGAGCCAGAACUGACCAAGGAGUUCGCUGUAACAGAGUACCCCACGCUCAAGUUCUUCCGUGACGGGAACCGCACACACUCGGAGGAGUACACUGGCCCCCGGGAUGCCAAAGGCAUUGCUGAGUGGCUCAGGCGGCGGGUGGGCUCCAGCGCCACGCGGCUGGAGGACGAGGAGAGCACACAAGCCCUGAUAGACGCCCAGGAGGUGGUGGUCAUCGGCUUCUUCCAGGACCUACAGGACGAGGACGUGGCUACCUUCCUGGCCCUGGCCCAGGAUGCUCUGGACAUGACCUUUGGCCUCACUGACCGGCCGCAGCUCUUUCAGAAGUUUGGCCUCACCAAGGACACCGUGGUCCUCUUUAAGAAGUUUGACGAGGGGCGGGCAGAUUUCCCAGUGGACGAGGAGCUGGGCCUGGACCAGGGGGAUCUGUCCUACUUCCUCCUCACCCACAGCCUGCGCCUGGUCACGGAGUACAACAGCGAGACGUCCCCUAAGAUCUUUGCGGCCAAGAUCCUCAACCACCUGCUGCUCUUCAUCAACCAGACACUGGCCCCACACCGGGAGCUGCUGGCAGGCUUCGGGGAGGCGGCUCCCCCGUUCCGGGGGCAGGUGCUGUUCGUGGUGGUGGACGUGGGUGCCGACAACAGCCACGUGCUACAGUACUUUGGGGUGAAGGCCGAGGGGGCCCCCACCCUGCGCUUCAUCAACAUGGAGACCACCAAAAAGUACACACCUGCGGACGGCGGGCCGCUCACUGCAGACUCGGUCACCGCCUUCUGCCACGCGGUCCUCGGCGGCAAGAUCAAGCCCUAUCUCCUGAGCCAGGAGGUCCCCCCCGACUGGGACCAGCGUCCGGUCAAGACCCUUGUGGGGAAGAAUUUCGAGCAGGUGGCUUUUGACGAAACCAAGAAUGUGUUUAUCAAGUUCUACGCCCCGUGGUGCACCCACUGCAAAGAGAUGGCCCCCGCCUGGGAGGAACUGGCCGAGAAGUACAAGGACCACGAGGAUAUCGUCAUUGCCGAGCUGGACGCCACAGCCAACGAGCUGGAGGCCUUCACUGUGCACGGCUUCCCCACGCUCAAGUACUUCCCAGCAGGGCCAGGUCGGAAGGUGAUUGAAUACAAUAGCGCCAGGGACCUGGAGACCUUCUCCAAGUUCCUGGACAACGGGGGUGAGCUGCCCGCAGAGGAGCCCACGGAAGAGUCCUCAGCCCCGUCCCCGGAGACACCAGCCAAUUCCACCUCGGAGCCCAAGGAAGAGCUGUAGCUGUCCCCACCUCAGGGUGGGGAGCCGUCGCCUCCGGGGCCUGGGAGACUGUGGGCCCUGA